AUGUCGGGCUUGGAGGCUGUCCAGAACCAGACUUGCGCACCUGUGGAAUGCAAUCUUACCGAGGCCAGUGCGGAGGCCGAUCACGCCUCCAGUGAGUCCACCUCGACCCCCCAGGACGACUACGCCUCCUGGAAGUCCACUCCGGCCCUCCAGGGCUGGUAUCAUCAGACCGCACCGCCGAGGACAGUACGACCGGCACUACCAGCCACCGCACAAAGAUAUAUACAGCUGCUUGAAUACAUUCUCUCCGAUGGCGAGCGUGUCCAAGAAGCUAGACAUCUGCUUUCGGCUCCCGAUGCUCCAUCCCGCAAGCGAACCAAAGCUAGGGAUGAUCUACGAAGUCACCUAAGGCGUCUCAACACCCACGUUGGCGACAUCACAAGAAUAGUUGAAGCCGAAAGAGCGUCUACUGGCAGUACAAUCUUACCUGGCCACGUUGCAUCCACGUUGGAGCAAAAUCAAGCUGCUGUAGCAAGAUUACAAGAACUCGUUGUCUCCCAGCGGGACGUCGACCAGGAGCUGGCAUCCGUGCAAGAACACAUCAGGCAUGCCGAGACCAGACAAGCCGGCAGACGUUUCGCAAGUACGAAGGUGCUCAUUGAGAAGUUCAAGUCGAGCGAGAGGCGAUUGCAGCAGCAGAAGUCUGCUUUUGAAGCUUGCUGGCGCGACAUGGAUGGGCAUGCCAAAAGAACGCUGAGCGCUAUAAAAGACCUCAUAAAGCUCCAAGCAACGAACACCACCUCCACCGGUAAAGAGCCUUAUGAUCUUCGAGAUCUGAGACCGGUCGCGCAGCCGAUUGACUUGGAUCCAUCACAGCAGGAAAAGAUCCGGCAAGAUUGGGAAGAUGCCAAACACAAUCUUGCAGCUAGUGCCGUGAUCUACGAUGCUUGUAUCAACGAACGCGAGCAUAGUCUUCGAAACAGCAAAUAG